GGCCAUCACCUCAACUAAAUAAAUAUUACAUUUAUAUUUUCAAUUGAGAGAACCAAUAAUAAGCAAAACUUUGAGCAUUAUUUAAAAUCCCGACGUCACAUUAUGCGCCGGUAGUGAGCAAAGCGGGAGAUUGAAAAACGUAAACAAACAACUGUCACCGUGUUGAGGAUAACUAGCUAAUGUUGUUAACAACAAAUUUGGCAAUAUGUUGAAGAGGGUACCCAAGGCUACAUUAAAGUCUCUAAUGAAGAAGAAAGACAACAUUCGUAUAGGCACAGCCGCAGAUGCAAUGGUUGAGCUGAACGUGCUGCUAUUUCUACAUAGCCUCGCAGAAGAGGCGAGGACGAAAGCUUUUGAGGAGAAAUCGGCUACAAUCAAAGCACACCACGUCAAAGCAGUAUCCAAGAAACUGCUAAAACAAGCCCGAGGGUGAAGAGGAGAGACCUUUCCACAAGAACAUGAUUCAACAACUGAUUUUGUCAGAUUGGCCUGAAUUAUAUAUUGAACCUAUAUUUUUGGUUUUAUAUUCAGUUUUAAUCAUUACUUUUCUUCGGUCUCUUGUUUUUGUCUGUAUGCAUUUCAUCUGUUUUGUCUGUCAUUUUGUAUUUCCACAAUACACAGAGAUUUUUAUAUGCUGUCCAAUUAAAUUUUGUGUUCUGUAGAUCUA